AGUACACGCGUCACGUCUACACGAGUUAACGAGAAUUGUUUAUUCCACGAGCUUGUGGUCCUUUCUCAACCGCGAACAGGUCUGAAAGUUUCACGACUUGUUUUAGACAGCCGUUUUUCCUAUUCCCACUCACUAACAGCCGAACCUUCGUUUGAUGCCGGAGUUGUUCUACGACAAUGAUCUUUCCCCACCCGCCUCUCUCAAAUCAUCGGGGGAGCACCACCAUCUCACCUUUGUUUCAGCACGCGCUUCUCAUGACUCGUCAGACUCCCUACGGAACCUGGAGCUCUCGGAGGGACCUAUUGCAGAGAGAGGGCGGUCAAGAUCCUACUCGCUGACGGGCUUUGACUUCCAGCGCGACCUAUUACCCUUGAGCUCGAGUUUAAGUGAACCGGAUACUACAUCUUUCGGAGAAAGUGGAGAGAAAAAUAUCACAUUGCUACAUGGGAUUGGACUCAUCGUCGGCCUUCAAGUCAUUAGUUCUUCACCAGGAGUCGUAGUUGCGAAUACCCAGAGUGUGGGGGCUAGCUUGCUUGUAUGGCUUGUUUCUGGAUUGCUUGGUUGGACAGGAGCCAGCAGCUUUGCAGAACUAGGCUCCAGCAUACCAUUGAAUGGUGGAGCCCAGGCCUAUCUCGCGUAUGCGUACGGACCACUUGUAUCCUACCUGUUUGCAUGGACAGCGAUCUCAGCACUGAAACCUGGUGGAAAUGCGGUCAUUAGUCUCAUAUUUGCAGAAUACCUGAACCGACUCGUAUGGCACGCUGCUCAGGACGAGGUAGCACCAGAUGAUAUGCCCCAAUGGGCCAUCAAACUCACUGCGGUGGCAGCAGUACUCGGCGUUUCCAUGAUCUGCGCAGGUACGCGGAAUUUGGGCACUAGGGCUUCUGUGGUGUUCACUACAGUGAAGAUAUUUGUGAUCGUACUAGGGAUGAUACAACUUAUUCGGGGGAAAGCAUCAGAAUCGUUCUCUCAACCUUUAUUCGAGGACUCGAGCCACAGUCCGUCGGCAUAUUCAUUAGCUCUUUACUCUGGGCUAUGGGCAUUCGAUGGAUGGGAUCAGGCCAACUAUGUCGGAGGUGAAAUGAAGAAUCCCGGCAAAGAUAUCCCAAGAGCUAUACAUUCAAGUAUGGCGGUCGUGAUGGUAAGCAACAGAGCGAAUGUGUCAUAUUUCGUGGUACUAGACAAAGUCACUGUUGGUAUGAGCAACACGGUUGCCUUGGACUUUGGCCGAGCACUCUUUGGACCAGCAGGCGGUGUGCUUUUUGCUGUGAUGGUUGCCAUCUCUUGCUUCGGAGCGUUGAAUGGGAGUACCUUCACUUCUGCGCGCCUUAUUUGUGUUGCCGGACGAGAGGGAUACCUUCCUGCAAUGUUUGGUCGUUUGAACAAGUCGAGGCAAACACCAGUCAAUGCGAUCCUCCUCCAAGCAACUAUCACUAUUGUGUUCAUCAUGUUGGGAGGUGGGUUUCGGUCGCUGAUCAACUUCUCCGUUGUGGCGUCCUGGUCAUUUUUCUUCCUUACUGUUCUAGGGCUUGUUAUACUUCGUGUGAAGGAACCAAUGCUAGAAAGACCCUAUAGAACAUGGAUUGUGACACCGCUAGUGUUUUGUGCUGUAAGUCCUGCUAUAACGAAUGGAGCUUCUGAUUUCGUCACAUCUGCAGGGUUCGUGAUGGCAGGGAUACCGGUGUACUAUUUGACGAAUCCGAAUCGUGAUCAAGCCAGUUUGCCUGCCUUUCUUGGCUUUUUCAGUACUUGCAUUGCUAGAAUUAGAGGGCAGACGUCCGCGGGCACGGGGUGGGUAGCGGUGGCCACGGAGGGUGACGAGGUGGAGAUGCUUGAUAAUCAGACAUGAAAGCUUGACGCUCAAACGUUGUGCCGCACGAUCUGAUACAUGAUAUUGACUGGCACUUCUUGUGUGCACACGACGGAUGUCUGUUUUGGGAGUACUAGAUAUGCUGGCUAUGUAGGUACCGCACGGGAGAUUUAGGACACAUGUCGGCAAGCUCCGUCGAGCAGUGUCAGCGGGUGACGACAGCGCGAUUUGGGCUGAGUCGUUGUAUAUAAGAGCCUUUCGGUUGUGAAACAAGCCACA